UCUACUCUAUCCAAUCGGAUGAACCGCGUGUCGGAUUGAGAAAUACGAGGAAAGGAGUCAACACUGAAAGCAGGUACUCCUCUUGAGAUAUCAAACAGCACGCUUCGGAUACAUGGCGGGAGAGACAUUUAGAUCGAUAAGGUUGUGUCGUCGUCAUUUGGCUCUGUUACAGAGAUGUCCUCAGACCAUAGGUCUUCAAGUACCUCACAAGUCCUUCAGUUCACACAGAGUUGUAAAGAGUCACAGACUCUUUAGGAAGUUACUGUUUGGCAUCUCGGUUGGCGUGCCAUUCGUAGUCGGGUUCGGAUAUGUGGCCUCCCAGCCCAGAGAAAGGAGGAAGAUGAGGAUACUAGCAGAGGGAGUCGGGCGCUUCUGCAGAUCGCUCUAUGUCGGGCUUAAGAUAUCAGCCGACUACUGGUGGACAUCUAACAUUGCUCUGCGUGGUAUGGAUGAGAGCAGUCCAGAUUAUUCAGAGGUUAUGUCCGCCUGUCAUCAGAGAGCAGCCAAUAGCAUGGUAGAAGGGGCAAUUCAGAACGGAGGCUUGUAUAUUAAGCUGGGACAGGGCCUGUGUGCAUUUAACCAUCUUCUACCUCCAGAAUACAUUAGUACCCUUCGUGUGUUAGAGGAUAAAGCUCUCAACAGACGAUACAAAGAGGUAGAUGCUUUAUUUCAAGAGGACUUCAACACAACUCCAGAAAACUUGUUUAGGAAGUUUGACCAUGAGCCUAUGGCUGCUGCCAGCUUGGCCCAGGUUCACAAGGCAGAACUGCAUGAUGGGACACCUGUGGCUGUAAAGGUGCAAUAUAUUGAUCUCAGGGAUCGUUUUGAUGGUGACAUCAAGACUUUGGAGAUUCUGUUGGACAUAGUGAAGUUCAUGCACCCUAGCUUUGGUUUCCGCUGGGUAUUACAGGAUUUAAAGGGAACAUUAGCCCAAGAGCUGGACUUUGAGAAUGAGGGCAAGAAUUCUGAACGCUGCGCAGAAGAGCUGAAAAACUUCAAAUUUAUAGUUGUGCCUAAAGUAUUCUGGGAUUUCACCAGCAAGAGAGUUCUCACAGCAGAGUUCUGUGAAGGAUGUAAAAUCAACAAUGUCGAGGAAAUUGAACGUCAGGGACUGGGUCUGAAAGAUACGGCUGAUAAGCUCAUCCGCACAUUUGCAGAACAGAUCUUUUACACCGGCUUUAUUCAUGCUGACCCACAUCCUGGAAAUGUGCUGGUAAGAAAAGGUGCAGAUAAAAAAGCAGAGUUGGUUCUGUUGGAUCAUGGACUGUAUGAACACCUCAGUAAAAGUGACAGAGUGGCUCUGUGUCAUCUGUGGAGAUCAAUCAUCCUGCGUGAUGAAGCCGGUAUGAAGAGAUAUGCAAAUGAGCUCGGGGUCAAAGAAUACUUCUUGUUCUGCGAGAUGCUCCUGCAGCGGCCAAUCAACAUGUGGAAUCUGGGCCUGGGUAACAUCAUGACUCGAGAGGAGACGACCUACAUGCGUGACAUGGCUAAGAAUCGCUUUGAUGAAAUCAUGAAGGUGUUAAAGUCUAUGCCGCGGCCCAUGCUGCUGGUGUUCAGAAACAUUAACACGGUCCGCUGUAUCAACAUCACUCUGGGAGCUCCAGUUGAUCGAUACUUUGUCAUGGCCAAAUGUGCUGUUAGAGGAUGGGGCCGUAUACAAGCGGAUCACACCAGGUUUCUGCAGGGAUUCUCUGUCUUCCACCAUGUCUGGUCCUUCUGGGAAAGCAUGAAGUUUGAAUUUGCUUUAAGGUCAGAGAUGGCGCUAAUGAGCAUCAGUCGCGCUCUGCUUCAGCUGCUGUCUUACUGUGGUAUCAUCACGCUGGACCAGGAUGUGUAUCAGUAUUUGAAAUGAAGCUUCAUUGACCACAUACCUCAUCAUGACACUGCUUCAGUGUCCCUAAAGCCUUUAAAAAAAGCCCUGUGAAACACAUUUCAUGCUGCUUUACACGCACACACACUCAAGCUUACGGCUCUCAGGAAUCUCUUUCUUUGUGCUUGUACAGUUUUAUUUGGAUAUAAGCGCUGACCUGGUUGUAAAGUACUUUUGAAGGAUGGCUGAAUUUCCUUAAAGUGGUUUUAUUUAUUUCAUAAAAGUACACACAUUCCAGCAUUUAUGAGAUUUGUUCAAUAUGACAGUGUUUUAUGUUCAGGUUAAAUUUAAAAAAUCUGAGAAUAUACUUUUAACUAAUGCAGAGUUCAGACAGCACGAUUUUCAAAGUAGUCGGGUCACGGCUCUUUUCACACUGCGUGACUAUCUGGGGUAGCAUUCAGUCACUACUGUUUUCACACUGCACAACGGAUCGGCGACAGGUGGUUUCACACGGCAUGACUUUACCAUAGGAAGAAUCGCCGACAACUUUGUCCCGGUCCGCAAACUACGUCUCGCAGCCAAACGCACGCGAGAAGUGACAAGGAAACAACGCAAGAGCGGAGUUCUCACGUGACACUGCGGAUUAUUAUUAAAAAUGGUAGCCUGCAAGAAGCUUGCCAUACAAACUGCAUUUGUAGCGAAAAGAAAAAGAAAAGAAGCCCUUUUCUUAACCAAAUCCAUGCUUGCUGAUAUUAUGGGCUGUAACUUCAUAACUCCUCCCUGAACUCCCAGCUGUCCUGUAUAUUGCCCUCUCAUUGGUUGUAGGUCAUCGCCAAUGUUAUUUUCAGUCAAAACACAUUUCACAUGGCAGGAUUUUGAAUCGCAGACAGGUCCAGAUAUUUAGCAUGCCAAAUAUCUCACGGGUGUCGGCGACUCUCUCAGAUCGCAUUUUUGAUAAUCCACACUGGGUGAUUGUUGUCACUCACGUGCACGAGUAUGGAUUUGCCCUCGUUUUCGGGGCAUUUGUGGGCGAUUUCUCAAAGACUGUCGGCGAGUCAAAAUCAGGGCUAAAAUCGUGCAGUCUGAACUCGGCAUAAGAUUAAAAUAGUGGUGGUUUCCUGGACAGGAAUUAGCUUAAAUCAGGACUAGGCCUUAGUUUAAUUAGGAAAUAUAACUAGUUUGAACAAACAUACUUUACUAAAAACAUUACUUCUCUGCACUGUUUCAGGUAAAACAAAGGGCACUGAUGUAUUUUAAGAUAUGUCAGUGCAAGUUGUUUUCAGUUUGGACAGCUCCUCCAUUUAUUUUAGUCUAAUCCCUGUCCGAGAAACCGCCCCAUAGUAUUUUAAGUGGAAAGUUGAAAAUUCGUAGCUUAACAACGCAAAGGUGCCGUUUCCCGGACAGGGUUUAGAUUAAUCCAGGAUUAGGCCUUAUAUAGUUAUAUUGUGACAUUUAAGUAGUUUUUACAAACAUACCUUACAAAAAACAAUACUGGUGUGCAUCAUGUGACAAAGCAACGGCACCGAUAUAUGUUAAGAUGUGUCAGUGCAAGACGUUUUUCAAAUGAAGGCAGCUCAAACAUGCAUUUUAGUUUGGGACUAAGAUAAGACCUGUUCAGGAAACUGCUCCCAAGGAUUUUUGCUGGUUAUUCAAACCUAUGAUUUAACUAAAUCCUUCACAUUAAUCUCUUGCAUCAAUAAUAAAGCUGCUGGUUUAAUAAUGGGAUUAUUAAACCAUUUUUCAUAACCUUAUCUGUUAUAUUACUGUGAUUUUGCAGUAUAGUACUUUAUUCUUACCAUUUCAUUGUGGUAUCUUUGACACUUGACUGCUGAAAAUGCUAUGAUACUUUAUACUUGUAAAGGCUAUUUGAUAAAAUCAUGGCUGAAAGAUGUAGCGAAAUUACCAGGAUAUUGCAAGUAUGCAUAUUGCAAUACACUGUGAUGUAUUAUCAUUUUAAUAAUCAAAAGUUAUACCUAGUCAGUUUUAGGUCAAUGCAGAUAGACUGAUGCUUUGUUUUCCCGGAGAGAAUGUGAAGUAUGCAUGUUGUUAUAUGUGACCCUGAAACCAGUCAUAAGGGAUUUAUAUCAUCAGAAAGCUGAAUAAUAUGGUUUCCAUUGAUGUAUGAUUUGUUAGGAUAGGACAAUAUUUGGUCAAUAUACAACUAUUUGAAAAUCUGAGGGUGCAAAUAUUGAGAAAAUCACCUUUUAAAAGUUGUCCAAAUUAAGUCCUUAGCCACUGAAUCCACUUACAAAAAUAAAAUUUUGAUACAUUUAUGGUAGGAAACUCACAAAAUAUCUUCAUGGGACAUGAGCUUAAUAUCCUAAUGAUUUUUGGCAUAAUAAUAAACUUUGACCAAUGUUUUUAUGGCUAUUGCUACAAAUAUACCUAUGUGACUUUUUAUUGUUAUUAAAAUUGAUUUUACAAACUUAAAUGCAUCCUAUUAUAUUAAAUGCAUGAUCCUUU